AUCAUUGAAUAAAAUGAAUCCCAACACUUCUAGUUGUGAAAAUACGAUGCAAACGAGAAGUCUGAUCUUCAGUUCUGUUCAUCAGUCAGAGGGUCAAAUAUAAUAACAUAAUUGUAUCUCUAUCGGGAAAAAUUUCUCGGGAUUUCCUAAGCCUAAGCAAUUGUAUUUUUCAGACAAGAAGUUGUGUAGUGUCGGUUUUGGAAUUCGUAAUACCACUUAUGUAUACGUCUAUACGUUGAUUCAAUGCGAUGAUAUUUCAGUCUCUAAAGAGGCAACUUUUAUGGAUACAGUAUGUUUGUCGGUUCUUAUAAUUCUGUUAGUUACACCAUUAAAUUGUAAGUUUUUAACCGUUUGCAGAUAGAUUGAAAAAUACCGCGUACGGUCAAAUGAGUAGUGUUUCAACAUCGAAUGGCGCACGAUCAGCUUUCUCAUAUUGCGUCCAGCAAGUACGAAACUACGACUACCACCACUACCUAUGCCUCCUCGAACUCCCACAAAACAUGCGAAAAUCCGCUUUCGCAAUCCGAGCAUUCAACGUCGAAACGUCAAGAGCAAUGGACGUUGCUUCCGAUCCAAGAAUCGGUCUAAUGCGGCUCCUUUGGUGGCAAGAAUCCAUCGACAAAAUCUUCUCCAACAAGUUAAUCGAACACCCAGUCGCUCAAGCUCUCUCUUCCAUAAUAUCCGAGCACAAGGUCAGUAAAAUCUGGCUAAAAAGAUCCGUCGAAGCUCGAAUAAAAGACGCCCAAAGAGAAGUCACCGAUAUUCAAGAAACUGUGGAGGAUUUGGAGCGUUACGCAGAGGACACGGUAUCCACCAUUUUGUACUCGACACUUCAAUCAGGUGGUAUAAGUUCCACCGUAGCGGAUCACGCAGCCUCGCACAUCGGCAAAGCGAGCGGGCUUUUGUUGCUGCUUAAGUCCCUGCCUUACCAUGCAAAUAGGAACUCGUCUUUGCCUUACAUACCUCUAAAGGUGGCGGAAAAACACGGGCUUUUGGUGAAUGAGGGUGGGAAGUAUGGAAUACGUGUUGAUUCUCGUGAGGGUUUGUGCAAUGCUGUUUUCGAGAUUGCGUCUGUUGCGAACGCGCAUUUGAAGAAGGCCCGUGAGUUGAAAGUGCCUGCUGAGGCACGUGCGGUGCUGCUGCCAGCUGUCGCUGCGCAGGUUACGCUGGACACGUUGAGCCGUGUGCAGUUUGACGUGUUUGAUUCGAGGUUGACGAGGGGUAUUUUGGGGAUUCCGCCUUUGUGGUUUCAGUUGAAGCUCAAGUGGUGUUCUUGGAGAGGGAAAUACUGAGAGUUGUUAUGCAAUGACACUAAUAUUGGCGAGCACCGGUUUGGUUUGCUUGUGUUGAAUAAAAUGUUUCUUUUAGGG